AAUCUUGGCAACAAUCAGAUAAAUGGUUCACUUCCAGACUCAUUAUGCGGGCUAGAAUAUUUGAGCACGCUAGAUCUUUCGAGAAACAAGCUUUCUGGGAUAUUGCCUAAUUGUUGGAGAGGGAGGCAAUUCGUGGAAGUCAUCAAUCUAUCACACAACAAGUUGUCAGGGACUAUUCCAAGCUCAAUGGGGAACUUAUCACAACUAAAACGAUUGCAUAUGAAUAAUAAUUGCUUUAAUGGGGAACUUCCUUUGGCCUUGAGGAGUUGCUUUGAAAUGAAGCUUCUUGAUCUUGGCGAUAAUAAUUUUUCUGGACCUCUACCAACUUGGAUUGGAGGACAUAGCUUCUGGAACAUAACAAUUUUGAGGUUACGCAAGAAUAUGUUUAGUGGAAGUAUCCCUUUAAAUUUUUGAAAGCUCUUGGCACUGAGCAUUUUAGACCUUGCAAAUAACAAUUUAAGAGGAGAAAUUCCUCAUUGCUUUGGCAAACUCACUGGAAUGAUUGUAGUAAAAAAUUAUUCAAGUGCUCCCGCUCCUGAGUAUGGUUAUGUAUGGGGAAGCCCGAAGGUUUCACAAGUGUUAAAAGGAAGAGACUUAGAGUAUACAAAAAUAUUGCUACUUCUUGAUAAUUUGGACCUCUCAAGCAAUAAGCUAGUUGGGAAAAUUCCAGAAGAGCUAUGUGUGCUAUCUGCCUUGCGUGGUUUGAACUUGUCCCAUAAUCAUUUGUCAGGCAAUAUUCCUAUCAAUAUUGAAGAGUUAAAGUCCUUGGAGUCUCUUGACCUUUCAAACAACAAACUUGUUGGUGCAAUUCCACAAAGUAUGGCCAAUUUGAUGUCACUAAACAAGCUCGAUUUGUCUUACAACAAUCUUUCAGGCAAAAUUCCAACAGGACCUCAACUUCAAACACUGGAUGAUCCAAAUAUCUAUGCUGGCAACGAUGAACUAUGUGGAACCCCAUUGCCAAAGAAAUGUUUUGGAGAUGAUGAUCGAAGAAAAAAUGCCCACGAAGAUGAUGAUGACUACAAAGAAAGUAGGAUCGAAAGAAUAUGGUUUUACUGUGUGGUAACACUUGGAUAUGCAGCUGGAUUAUGGGGAGUAAUUGGGAGUCUUGUUUUCAACAGAAUCUGGAGGGAUGCUUUUUUUUGUUUCACUGAAAACACCAUGGAAUUGAUUCUUGUGACAGUAGAAGUGAAAAUUGGUAGAUUGAAGAAGAGCAUCAUGAAGUGGACCAACUAAUAAAGAUAUCUACUGAUAACAUGUAAUUCUCUAUGUGUAUGUACGUACUUCAUAGGACGAUCGAUCCUCUCACUUUGUGUAUUUCAUCUUAAUUUAUGCUGUCUUGUAUUGUUUAAGUUGUAACCUAUUGCCACAAUAGUUUGUCAAAGUUUCCUCAUUUGCUUCAA